GACCUCAUUACCCGACAAAAGAAAGCAAAUGACAGAAGAUUGACACAGUGUGUGCGCGCGAGACAGAAGGAUAGAGACACAAAUGGAGAGAGAAAUGGAAAUUGGAGGAACGAAGUGAUGUUGAAUGAGGAGAUGAAAGAGCGACCAGCGAUGGGAGACCAGUCAGCCUUCCAGCCGGCCGAAAGUCAUCACCCUCUGCAGGCCUUCAUGUCCCGAGCCCUGGGUCAUCACAACCAGCACCACCACCAGCACCACCGCCCCACCACCAAACCCUCCAGGGGAGACCCACCCUACAACCACUGCUUAGCUCUGGGCCACCUGGGAGAAGGAAGCCCGUUUGAGGAGGGUGGAGGAGGAGUGGACGGGGGUGGUGGUGGGGUGGACGGCGAGGCCAGCAGUGAGUGCUUCUCCGUGGGAGGAGGGCUGGAGGCGCAGGGUGAGAGUCCCCUUGGAUGGGGAGUCAGCCAGUCAGCUUCCUUGUCCUCAUCCUCAUCAUCAUCCUCCUCCUCAUCCUCUACGGAAGCUGCUUGCAUAGGGCCACCCGUAUCCAUCACCCCCACGAGGCCCCAUAGGAACAACAUGGGGGACUACAGGGAGGACUGGGCCUCAAUCUGUCCAGACGGGGUGGAGGGGUACAUGGAUGGAGGAGGUGGUGGUGAGCUGGGGGAUGUAGGGUCUGCUCUCCAUCAUCACCACCAUCAUCAUCAACAGAAGCUGGACUCCUUCUCCGAGGCCUUCUUCAGGCGUAACGUGGCGCCCUGGCAGCACGCCGACACCAAUGGCUUCUUCGGUAUGAAAGGAGCCGGCGUGGUGGCCUCGGACAUCGCCGCUGUUGUUUCCGAUGCAACUCUGUCCUCGUCGCUAUCCACCUGCACCACCUCCUCCUUCUCCCCGCUCCCCCACGUCCUCAGCCCUCCCCCGACUCCCCUUCCAGCCUACUCCACCACCUCCGUCACCCCCACCACCUCCAUCUCUCCACCCAGACGGGUCUACCACCACUACCACCAGCACCACCACCCGGCCACCCCUCAACCGUCCAUCCCCAACACCACCACCACCACCAGCACCACCAGCCCCACCUCCCAACACCACCAGGUGGAUGUCGGCUGUGGUCCACUGCAGUUCUUCCCAGCACUGCAGUCGUUUUACCCAGCUAGCAGCAGCGGUGGAGGUGGUGGUGGUGGUGGUGGACAGUCAGCCCCCCACAAGUUCCCUCUGGCCCCUUGGCUGCAUCUGCAGUCCACCCAGCAGCAGCAACAGCAGUCAGUGGUAGUGGGGGCAGAUGUGCCAGUCAGGACCAGAGGAGACAGGGACAGCGUGGGCGACGUGAGCCCUCCACUACUACACCUGGCCAGAGACUCCAUGCUCUACGCUGCGGAGGACGAAGAGUUCCAGCCCAAGCAGUCGGACUCGGCCCAGCACAGCGACUAUGCAGACUGCAGUCUCCAGACCCCCAUCAGCUCUCCCCUAUCCCAGUGCCCACAGCCCUGCCCCAGGCCUCUACUCCAGACAGAGCCAGCAUUCCUGGGCAACCACAUCACCUGGCCAACGGUAGUUCCAUCGUCCCUGCCCCCCUCCUCCUCUUCCUCCUCCUUUCCCAUCUGCUUGACCUCUCUGCCCUCUCCUCUGCGGCACAGCAGCCACAGGCCAGGAGAGGAGGGACGAGUCUGCAGGGGUGCCGCACAGAUGGCCACCAACCAGCACAUGAACACUGCACAUGCCCAGAACGCCUGCCCUCGGGUCUAUACAGGGAGGCCUUUCCAGAGCCUGCUCCAGGCCCACAGGGAGCUGUGCAAGUUCGACUGGGACGGGGAGACGGAGGCAGUGGGCAGGCAGAGCAGGGGUACUACACCCAGCCAGCGCCGCUACACCCCUCAGCCCAUGCUGAACCCCCGUCGGCAGGGGACGGGUCUCUUCAGCAAGCUGACGUCGUCGCCACAGACACUGGUGAACAGGACCCUGAGCACAGAAGAUGGGGACAGAGUCUUACCUCACAGGGUCAUUAACAUUGGCCCAGAGUUCCAGGCAGAGCUGCCCAGUUUGUUGACAUGGGACGCUCAAGUGGACGACGAAGAGGAUGAUGAUGAUGACGCUGAUGGGGACGAGCUUCUGGUCGCUGAUCAACCUCUCCCGGAACAGUUGCUAUGGAGACCGUGCGAGGAACUGGAAAACGACACCACACUCCAAGAGCAAGUGGGGAGGGUGCUGGAGCUGUGCAGUUCCGGCGCAGUGCCAGGAGGGGGCACUAACGUGGAGCUGGCCCUGCAUUGUCUGCACUACUGUCAGGGUGACAUUAUGGCGGCUGUGGAAAUGCUUCUCUUCUCCCACACGUUUCCAGCAGGUGACUACCAUUACUCAGGGAGCGACGCCUGGCAUUUGAACGAGAAGAGAUUGUUCUUCAAAGCAUACGCGAUGUAUGGCAAAGAGUUCUCUCUCAUCUCCAAAAUGGUGAAGACCAAGCAGGUGUCCCAGUGUGUGGAGUUCUACUACCUGUCCAAGAGGCUGCCUGACAAGCAGAGGAAGCAGAGGGAGAGGGAGCGGCAGCAGGAGAUGGAGAUGGAGCAGGAGGCCAACGCUGCAGCCAACAGAGUCUCCCUGGCUUCAAAGGCGCUGACAGGAUCAGCAGGCGGUGACGGCCUGAUCAGAGCCCCAGCCCUGGCCACCAGCUUCCCCUGCAAACAGUGUGGAAAAAUGUUUUACAAGAUAAAAAGCAGGAACGCUCACAUGAAGAUCCACCGCCAGCAGCAGCAGCAGCAGCAGCAGCAACAGCAGCAGCAUGAUCCGAACUGGGCGGAGAUCAACAGCAGCCAAAAUCAGAAUCAGAGCCGGAGCCUCCACCUGUCCCAUCUGACUCAGGUUCCCCAACAGGCGGAUCACCACAUCCAGGUCCAACUCCCAUCAUCCAUGCAGAACCACCAGAUCCUCUCUCAGAACCUCCUCAACCUGGUCCAGUCUCAGGCCUGCCUGACCUUUCUCCAGAACCAGAAGGCGGCCCACCACGGUGUCUCAGCGGCCCUCGGAGGGGCUUCCAUAGCGGGCCUCAGUGCAGCUGGCUCCAACCUGCUCCCCAGGUCCUCCCCUCUGCCGCUCUCGUACCCCCACAACAGCCUCUCCAGCUGGGAUGCCUUCUCCACGGGGGUCCCUGAAUCUGGACCUCUGUACUAUGACCCAGAGGUCAAACCCAUGCUGGGGUCAAAAGGUCAAGUGCAGUGGCCGUAGCCAGGGACGCCGACGUGGGGGAACAAAGGGGUCAGUUGCCCUGUAACCAAGGAGAGGAGGCCCAGAAUUGACUUCUCAUUACAUUGUACAUUGUUACAUGUUUUGGG